CACCGAUUUCAGCACCAUCACCAUCCCUACUUGGUUUGAUUCUCCGAUCACGAUCAUCUUUCUCUGAUCAUCAUCACUGGCUCUAUACUUUCCCGACCUUUUAACCACCAGUCCACCAUUUUUAUAUCGAUCGCUGCCCAGAAACCAAAAAAAAAAAAAAUUUCAUUCUUUUUUUAGCACAACCAACAAGCAGAGAAGAAUCCGAAGAGCAGAACCGGUGAAGAGGUUUUUGGAACGAGGCGAUUCAUUUUUUUGGUCGAUCCCGUUUGGGGUGUGACGUCGGUCUUCUUCCGUGAGCUAGGUUAUCAUCAACACUUCUAUUGUUUUCUUCAUCUCUAUAAUGGCUGGAGCAAUUGUUUCGAGGGUGCUGGAAAAGUUGAGUCCAGUAUUAGAGGAGGAGGUGAGCCGUAUUGCUAAUGUUCAUGGUGAAGUUGAAAAGCUCGCCAGUAGUUUUCGAGCUGUCAAAGCUGUUCUUGAGGAUGCAGAGCGACAGCAAAUGGGGAAGGGAAAGGCCAGUGUUCGAGAUUGGUUGUACAAGCUCAAGGAAGUCUCAUAUGACAUUGAAAAUGUGCUGGAUGAGUGGAGCACAACAAUUUUCACGUCAAAUCUAGAGAAGAAGAAAGUAUUUUCCUUCAUCCCCUCUCCUUCCUUCUAUUUCAACAGAGGGAUAUUGCUUUACAAAACUGCACACAAGAUAUUGGAGUUGAAUGGGAGUGAAAUAUGGGAACUUGAAGUGGCUGAGGAAGGUCUUUUUCGCCCCUUAAUGCUUAGCUAUUUUGAUUUACCAUCACACUUGAGGCAAUGUUUCUCAUAUUGUGCAGUCUUUCCAAAAGAUUAUUUGAUAGAAAAAAAUCAGUUAAUUGAGUUAUGGAUGGCACAAGGUUUGCUUAAGGGGACCCAACAUCGAGACAUGGAGAUGGUAGGGGAAGACUACUUUAAUGACUUGUCAAUGCGUUCUUUUUUUCAAGAUUUUGUAAAGAAUGAAAAUGGUGACAUUAUCAAGUGCAAAAUACAUGACAUAGUGCAUGAUUUUGCUCAGUUUUUGACAAGAGGUGAGUGUUUGUCAAUGGACGCAGGAAGCAGUGAUAGCAUUGAAGGUUUCAAUGAAAGUGCUCGUCAUGUGAUGUUGAUGAUUCAAAAUUCUGGUGAUGGAUGUCCUACUCGUAUUUAUGAUGCUAGAAACUUGUGCACUUUGCUAGUUGAUUCUGCUGGAGUUCGUGAGUAUGAUGUAGAUUUACUGAAGUUGUUUGAUAAGCUGAAAUUCCUGAGAAUGUUGAAGUGUCAAUCUAAUAGAAUUAAGAAAUGUCCAAAACAGGUAGGGAAUUUGAUACAUUUAAGGUCUCUUGACUUGUCAAAUAAUGAAUUUUUAGAGGAAUUGCCUGAGGCUGUUUGUGAAUUAUAUAAUUUGCUUAGACUAAACAUUAGUCUAUGUGUGAAGCUUAGAAGUCUGCCUUGUGGAAUGGGAAAUCUAAUAAAUUUGCGGCAUCUGCGGAAUGCGUGUACAGAUUGUGUGGAAUUCAUGCCUAAAGGAAUGGAGAAAUUGACUUGUUUGCGAACAUUAGGUUCUUUCGUGGUGGACAGUGGUGGUAAAGGAGCUGCUCUUAGUGAAUUGGGAAACUUGAUUCACCUUCGAGGGAGCCUUGAGAUAAGAGGAUUGAGAAAUGUCAGAGAUGAGAGAGAGGCUGAGAAGGCACAGUUACAAAAUAAGAAGGGGCUCACUAGUUUGGUUCUGACAAUUGGUUCUACUUGGUCUGAUGAGAGCCAAGUUUCUGAAGCACCUGUUCUUGUUCUUGAAGCCUUAGAGCCGCCUUUACACUUGGAAGGUUUACAAAUAUGGGCCUACAGAUUCCCAACCCCAACCUUAGGGGUUUGGCCCAGUUGGAUAGUGUCUCUAACCAAGCUGAAGUACUUUGUGCUCAGUAAUUGUGUCAACGUUGAACAGUUGCCUCCUUUGUGGAAAUUGCCAUCACUGGAAUCGCUCGAUCUGGAGCACAUUGGAGGAGUGAAAAAGGUGGGAGUUGAAUUCUUGGGAAUAGAAACGUCAUCUUUGUCUCCAUCUUCUUCUUCGUCAGCUGUUGUUGCCUUUCCCAAUUUAAAAUCACUGAAAUUUGAAGAGAUGGAGGAGUGGGAAGAGUGGGAUUAUGGAAGCAGAGGAGAAGAGGAUAUCAAAAUCAUGCCACAUCUUUCUUCCUUGGCGAUUUUCGGAUGUGAGAAGUUAAAGAUGUUGCCGGAUUCUAUUCUCCAAAGUACUACCCUCCAGGAUUUGCAAAUUUAUGGGUCUUCAGUUAUUUCAAAUAGCUGCAAAGGGGAAUACCAGCCCCAUAUCUCUCGCAUCCCUAAAGUGGACAUCUUGUGAAAACCUCAACUCUGCACAGGAGCAAGGUACUUCACUUUUGCUUAUAACAUGUUUAACUUUUUUAUUUUUGAGUGAGCGACAAGGCCCGUACAUAUUCAAAUAUUAUUAAAUCAAACACUUUACUUCUA